GGCGGGUGUGGGGGGGGAAACAGUGACGUAGCCAGACUCCGCCCCCUCGCCCGACCGUCGCUGCCGCCAUGUUUAGUUGUUACUUCUUCACACAAGAUGGCGGCUCCCAGGGAGGAGGCAUGAGCGCCCUGCCGUUACCGCUCCUCCUGCCGUACAGUUGCCACUUCGGGGCCUAACUCUGGCUCUUUGAAGCGGCUCCUGUGGGAAGGAGUCAUAAGGAGGGAAGCGAGGAUCGGACGCUGCCUUGCGUUUGGUUUGCAGUGGAAGAACUGACCCAGGAGGAAGAGAAUAGGGGGGAAGGGGGAGUUAGUCUCAAGAUGGCGGCUCCCAGGGCGGCAGGCGCAGUCUGAGCAGCUGAGGCGGGCUCGGGGAAGAGGUUCGAGACCUCACAAGCUGUACGGCGCGAGUCUCCGAGCAGCCCCCGAGAGUUCGAGUUCGUUCCACCGGCCUCCGGCGCGCCUCUGUCCCUUACGAGUGUCGAGGCUGUUUCGGGAGCGGCGGCUGCACUAAGCGCUGGGCGGGGAAGCGGGACGGUCUCAAGAUGGCGGCUCCCACAAUUGUGGUGUGAGCGCCGGCGGGGCUGGGACAACCGCGGUGCUUGUGGCUCCUUUCCACCCGCCCCGGAAGCCGGCCAGUGCAGGGGACUUGGGGGGUGUGGGAACCGGGCCGGGGCUCCGCCAUUUCCGGCGGGGGAGGGCUACGACUGAGGAAGGGAGGAGAGAGAGGCGGCUCAAGAUGGCGGCUCCCAGGGCCUCCCGCCCGAGCUUGUAAGCGGGAGCGCCCGGGCGAGUAGUCAGGGCGGCGGGACUUGGCGGCCUCCAGCUUCUCGGGGCUAGGCGCUCGAAAGUUUCGGGAGGCUCUUGAAGAGACGGGGUGAGCUAGAAGCAGGGGAAGAGCCAAAGGGAAGGAGGGUAGUUAAGAUGGCGGCCUCCAUGGAGCCGUCCACCGCUGUGUGAGGAGCGCUUCUCCGUGAGAGCUACCUUAGACUGAAGGGGGUGUGUGUGAGAGCAGUUGGGGGGCUCCUUUCCCGCCUGGUGACUUUUUUCCACCGCGGCCUUUCCCGCAACUAUGGCUUCGGCCGUGUCGCCCGCCAACUCGCCAGCGGUGCUCCUGCAGCCUCGCUGGAAGCGAGUGGUGGGCUGGUCGGGUCCAGUGCCCCGGCCCCGCCACGGCCACCGCGCCGUGGCCAUCAAGGAACUCAUCGUGGUGUUUGGCGGCGGCAACGAGGGGAUAGUGGACGAACUGCACGUGUACAACACGGCAACUAACCAGUGGUUCAUCCCAGCCGUGAGAGGGGACAUCCCCCCUGGGUGUGCAGCCUAUGGCUUCGUGUGUGACGGGACCCGCCUGCUAGUGUUUGGUGGGAUGGUGGAGUAUGGGAAAUACAGCAACGACCUCUAUGAGCUCCAGGCAAGCCGGUGGGAAUGGAAGAGACUCAAAGCCAAGACGCCCAAAAAUGGGCCCCCUCCAUGUCCUCGGCUUGGGCACAGCUUCUCCCUUGUGGGCAACAAAUGCUACCUGUUUGGGGGUCUGGCCAACGAUAGUGAGGACCCCAAGAACAACAUUCCAAGGUACCUGAAUGACUUAUAUAUCCUGGAAUUGCGGCCAGGCUCCGGAGUCGUAGCCUGGGACAUCCCCAUCACUUACGGCGUCCUGCCUCCACCCCGGGAGUCACAUACGGCUGUGGUCUAUACUGAGAAAGACAAUAAGAAGUCCAAGCUGGUGAUCUACGGAGGGAUGAGUGGCUGCAGGCUGGGGGACCUCUGGACCCUGGAUAUUGAGACCCUGACGUGGAAUAAACCCAGUCUCAGUGGGGUGGCACCUCUUCCUCGAAGUCUUCACUCAGCCACGACCAUAGGAAACAAAAUGUACGUGUUUGGUGGCUGGGUGCCUCUCGUCAUGGAUGACGUCAAAGUGGCCACACACGAGAAGGAGUGGAAGUGUACCAACACACUGGCUUGUCUCAACCUGGAUACCAUGGCCUGGGAGACCAUCCUGAUGGACACGCUGGAGGACAAUAUUCCCCGGGCCCGAGCUGGCCACUGUGCCGUAGCCAUCAAUACCCGCCUAUACAUAUGGAGUGGGCGCGACGGCUACCGAAAGGCCUGGAACAACCAGGUCUGCUGCAAGGAUCUCUGGUACCUGGAAACAGAAAAGCCACCGCCCCCCGCCCGGGUACAGCUGGUGCGAGCCAACACCAACUCCCUGGAGGUGAGCUGGGGGGCAGUGGCGACAGCCGACAGUUACCUUCUGCAGCUCCAGAAAUAUGACAUUCCUGCCACGGCUGCUACUGCCACCUCCCCCACACCCAAUCCAGUCCCGUCUGUGCCUGCCAACCCUCCCAAGAGCCCUGCCCCAGCAGCAGCCGCACCUGCUGUGCAGCCGCUGACCCAAGUAGGCAUCACGCUCCUGCCCCAGGCUGCCACCGCGCCCCCGACCACCACCACCAUCCAGGUCUUGCCGACAGUGCCUGGCAGCUCGAUUUCCGUGCCCGCUGCAGCCAGGACUCAAGGUGUCCCUGCUGUUCUCAAAGUCACCGGUCCUCAGGCUACAACAGGAACCCCAUUGGUCACCAUGCGACCUGCCAGCCAGGCUGGGAAAGCCCCCGUCACCGUGACCUCCCUUCCUGCAGGCGUGCGAAUGGUUGUGCCAACGCAGAGCGCCCAGGGGACGGUGAUUGGCAGCAGCCCACAGAUGAGUGGCAUGGCUGCGCUGGCAGCUGCAGCUGCCGCCACCCAGAAGAUCCCUCCUUCCUCAGCACCCACUGUGCUGAGCGUCCCGGCGGGCACCACCAUCGUCAAGACCGUGGCUGUGACACCUGGCACCACGACCCUCCCGGCUACUGUAAAGGUGGCCUCCUCACCAGUCAUGGUGAGCAACCCAGCCACUCGAAUGCUGAAGACUGCAGCCGCCCAGGUGGGGACAUCCGUCUCCUCUGCUGCCAACACAUCCACUCGCCCCAUCAUCACAGUCCACAAAUCAGGGACUGUGACUGUGGCCCAGCAAGCCCAGGUGGUGACCACGGUGGUGGGUGGAGUCACCAAGACCAUCACCCUGGUGAAGAGCCCCAUCUCUGUCCCAGGAGGCAGCGCUCUGAUUUCCAACCUUGGCAAAGUGAUGUCAGUGGUUCAGACCAAACCAGUUCAAACGUCAGCGGUCACAGGCCAGGCAUCUACGGGCCCGGUGACUCAGAUCAUCCAGACCAAAGGGCCCCUGCCAGCCGGGACCAUCCUGAAGCUAGUGACCUCAGCAGAUGGCAAGCCCACCACCAUCAUCACCACCACGCAGGCCAGUGGGGCUGGGACAAAGCCCACCAUUCUGGGCAUCAGCAGCGUGUCCCCAAGCACCACCAAACCUGGCACGACCACCAUCAUCAAGACCAUCCCCAUGUCAGCCAUCAUCACACAGGCUGGCGCCACAGGUGUGACCAGCAGUCCUGGCAUCAAGUCCCCCAUCACCAUUAUCACCACCAAGGUGAUGACUUCUGGAACUGGAGCACCUGCCAAAAUCAUCACAGCUGUCCCCAAAAUCGCCACUGGCCAUGGGCAGCAAGGAGUGACUCAGGUGGUGCUAAAGGGGGCCCCUGGACAGCCAGGCACCAUCCUCCGCACCGUGCCCAUGGGGGGUGUCCGCCUGGUCACCCCUGUCACUGUCUCUGCCGUCAAGCCAGCUGUCACCACGUUGGUUGUGAAGGGCACCACAGGUGUCACAACCCUCGGUACAGUGACAGGCACCGUUUCCACCAGCCUGGCCGGAGCUGGGGGCCACAGUACCAGCGCCUCCCUGGCCACACCCAUCACCACCUUGGGUACCAUUGCCACCCUCUCAAGCCAAGUGAUCAACCCCACUGCCAUCACAGUUUCGGCCGCGCAGACCACACUGACGGCGGCCGGUGGGCUGACCACCCCCACCAUCACCAUGCAGCCUGUCUCUCAGCCUACACAGGUGACUCUCAUCACGGCGCCCAGUGGCGUUGAGGCCCAGCCCGUGCAUGACCUCCCCGUGUCCAUUCUGGCCUCACCUACUACAGAGCAGCCCACGGCCACAGUCACCAUUGCCGAUUCAGGCCAGGGGGAGGUGCAGCCAGGCACCGUGACGCUGGUGUGCUCCAACCCGCCCUGCGAGACCCACGAGACGGGCACCACCAACACGGCCACCACCACCGUUGUGGCUAAUCUCGGGGGGCAACCCCAGCCCACCCAAGUGCAGUUCGUCUGUGACAGACAGGAGGCAGCCGCUUCUCUCGUGACCUCAACGGUCGGGCCACAGAACGGCAGCGUGGUUCGCGUCUGCUCCAACCCGCCGUGCGAGACCCAUGAGACGGGCACCACGCACACGGCCACCACCGCCACGUCCAACAUGGCCGGCCAGCACAGCUGCUCCAACCCGCCGUGCGAGACCCACGAGACGGGCACCACCAGCACCGCCACCACCGCUAUGUCCAGCAUCGGCACCAACCCACAGCCAGACGCCCGGCGUGCCUACGUGGCUGGCAGCACUCCCGCUGUGGUCCGGAUUGGCGUGGCCCCUGGGGCGUCAGAGGGAGCCCAGGGUUUUGUCAAGCCCUUGUGCCAAACCCGCCAGACCAGUGUGACCAGCACCACAAUGACUGUGAUGGCCACGGGAGCCCCAUGCUCAGCUGGCCCACUCCUUGGGCCAGGUCUGGCCGUGGAGUCUGGUGGCCGCGGCACCACUUUUGUGCAGCUGGCUCCCGUGAGCGGCCAGGUCAGACCCAGCGUUCCUGGUGGCAAGGACACCCCCGUGGCCAGCCUGAGUCAGCUGGUGUCCGUGGGGCGCCAACUGGAGGCCCAUCACACCCACACAACCAACACCCCCACCACAGUCCGCUCCACCAUGGGUUCCGGGGAGCCCAGCGAGGCCCGGGGGACCCCCAUGCCCGCGUAUGAGAGCUCACCUGGUCCUGCUGUGACUGUGACAGCCCUGGAGGCGCUGCUGUGCCCCUCGGCCACCGUCACCCAAGUCUGCUCCAACCCACCCUGCGAGACCCACGAGACGGGCACCACCAACACCGCCACUACCUCGAACGCAGGCAGCACCCAGCGGGUCUGCUCCAACCCACCCUGCGAGACCCAUGAGACAGGCACCACCCAUACACCCACCACCGCCACGUCCAGUGGGGGUGCGGGCCAGCCCGAGGGUGGGCAGCAGCCCCCUGCCGGCCGCCCCUGUGAAACACACCAGACCACUUCCACCGGUACCACCAUGUCAGUCAGUGUGGGUGCCCUGCUCCCCGAUACCGUCCCCUCCCACAGGACCCUAGAGUCGGGCUUGGAAGUAGCGGCACCACCCACCAUCACCCCCCAGGCUGGUGCUUCGUUGCUGGCUCCUUUCCCGACACAGAGGGUCUGCUCCAACCCCCCUUGUGAGACGCACGAGACGGGCACCACGCACACAGCCACCACAGUCACCUCCAACAUGAGCUCAAACCAAGAUCCCCCACCAGCGGCCAGUGACCAGGGAGAGGUGGAGAGCACCCAGGGUGACAGCGUGAACAUCACCAGCUCCAGUGCCGUUACAACGACCGUGUCCUCCACACUGACGCGGGCUGUGACCACUGUGACACAGUCCACACCGGUCCCAGGUCCCUCGGUGCCGAAGAUCUCAUCAAUGACUGAGGCUACCCCAGGGGCUCUGACCACCGAAGUCCCCAUCCCGGCCACGAUAACAGUGACCAUAGCCAACACAGAAACUUCUGACAUGCCCUUCUCUGCUGUUGACAUCCUGCAGCCCCCAGAGGAACUCCAGGCCUCGCCAGGGCCUCGCCAGCAGCUGCCGCCACGGCAACUCCUGCAGCCUGCCUCCACACCCCUGAUGGGGGAGUCCGCCGAGGUCCUGUCAGCUUCCCAGACCCCUGAGCUCCAAGCCGCCGUGGAUCUGAGCAGUACAGGGGACCCGUCUUCGGGCCAGGAGCCCACCAGCUCAGCUGUGGUGGCCACCGUGGUGGUCCAGCCGCCCCCGCCCACACAGUCCGAAGUAGACCAGUUGUCCCUUCCUCAAGAGCUGAUGGCUGAGGCCCAGGCGGGCACCACCACCCUCAUGGUGACGGGCCUCACCCCUGAGGAGCUGGCGGUGACUGCCGCCGCUGAAGCGGCUGCCCAGGCCGCAGCCACAGAGGAGGCCCAGGCCCUGGCCAUCCAGGCGGUGCUCCAGGCUGCACAACAGGCCGUCAUGGCAGGCACCGGGGAGCCCAUGGACACGUCCGAGGCAGCAGCAGCUGUGACGCAGGCGGAGCUGGGCCACCUGUCGGCUGAGGGCCAGGAGGGCCAGGCCACCACCAUUCCCAUCGUACUGACACAGCAGGAACUGGCGGCCCUGGUGCAGCAGCAGCAGCAGCUGCAGGAGGCGCAGGCCCAACAGCAGCACCACCACCUCCCCACUGAGGCUCUGGCGCCCGCUGACAGCCUCAACGACCCGACCAUCGAGAGCAACUGCCUCAAUGAGCUGGCCGCGGCUGUCCCCAGCACUGUGGCCCUGCUGCCCUCCACGGGCACCGAGAGCCUGGCCCCCUCCAACACCUUUGUGGCCCCCCAGCCCGUCGUGGUAGCAAGCCCCGCAAAGCUGCAGGCUGCGGCCACCCUGACCGAGGUGGCCAACGGCAUUGAGUCUCUGGGCGUGAAGCCAGACCUACCGCCCCCGCCCAGCAAAGCCCCCGUGAAGAAGGAGAAUCAGUGGUUUGAUGUGGGGGUCAUUAAGGGUACCAACGUAAUGGUGACACACUAUUUCCUGCCACCAGAUGAUGCUGUUCCUUCAGACGAUGACUCGGGCACCGUCCCCGACUACAACCAGCUAAAGAAGCAGGAGCUGCAGCCGGGCACAGCCUAUAAGUUCCGUGUUGCCGGGAUCAAUGCCUGUGGCCGAGGGCCCUUCAGCGAGAUCUCGGCCUUUAAGACGUGUCUGCCUGGUUUCCCAGGGGCCCCCUGUGCCAUUAAAAUCAGCAAAAGUCCGGAUGGUGCUCACCUCACCUGGGAGCCGCCGUCUGUGACCUCCGGCAAGAUCAUCGAGUACUCGGUGUACCUGGCCAUCCAGAGCUCGCAGGCGGGUGGCGAGCCCAAGAGUUCCACCCCGGCCCAGCUGGCCUUCAUGCGGGUGUACUGUGGGCCCAGCCCCUCCUGCCUGGUGCAAUCCUCCAGCCUCUCCAAUGCUCACAUCGACUACACCACCAAGCCCGCCAUCAUCUUCCGCAUCGCCGCCCGCAACGAGAAGGGCUAUGGCCCGGCUACUCAAGUGAGGUGGUUGCAAGAAACCAGUAAAGACAGCUCUGGCGCCAAGCCAGCCAGCAAGCGGCCCAUGUCCUCUCCGGAAAUGAAAUCCGCUCCAAAGAAAUCUAAGGCAGAUGGUCAGUGAGAGGCAGCUCCCCUGCACCUGGAUUCUUCGCCAGACCCCCCCUUCUGCUUCAAGAACGCCACCUGCCAGGGCCCACCCAUCCUACCCACCCGGCGCUCACACUUCACCCUCAGGAGCCACUGGCCGCCACUCAUUCUCUCUCUCUCUCUGUUUUUAAAAUACUCUCAAGAAAGCACAUCUUACCAUUGCUGUGGGAGGAAGCAGAACGCCGAUCUGGAAGAGCAGUGAGCAAGUGAGACAACAGUGUGCCCUCCUCCUCUCUUCUCCCUACCAGUGCCGUCCACUGGGAGCCGAGCGAGCCCGGAACUCCGAGGCCCUUGAGGGAGCUAGACAGACACUUCAGAUGAAGCAGACACGACGCAGAGAACGGGAAGCACGCGCCUCCAGUACCCGCACGCCUCUUGCAGUUUGUCACCUUGGUUCCGAGGGGGCAGCCAAGGGUGGGAGGGGCUGCAGCAUGGAAGCAGAAGAGAGGCGCCCCUGGCCCCCCUCCCCUGCCUCUGCUCCGAGAACGUUGGCGGGGCGCCCGCGCACUAGAUGUCCACCUGGUUCCGUUUUACUUUGUUACCUUUACAUAUCCCACCACCUCUUGGCCCCGGGCUUCAGCUUUGUGCAACCCCGCCUCGGCGGCCUUCGUACUCCGACCCGAUUCCCCUUCCUUCUUUCCCCAUUAGAGAGCUAGAAAAUGAGAAGAAAAAGAAAGAAAGGGGGAAGAAUGAGCCCACGGUGGCCUGAGCAGCGUUCCGUGCAAAUCUCCUGACUCCCAGCGGGGUGCAGAGCAGCCCCCGCCGAGCCUGGCUUUGGCCCCUGGGUCGGGGCCAGGGGCCACACCACCAACUGCUGCAUUUGUUGUAUUUUUUUUAAGUUGGAAUUGAUGAAGUUAACAUUUUUAUUGUAAUUUUAGCCUUAGCGUGUGGGGUUUUGUCCCUUUUUUUUGUUGUUGUUGUUGUUAGCUGUGUACAGAAUGUGUAUCUUUUUUUUUCCUCCCCCCUUGCCCCUCCCCCCCCUAACUUUUACUUUUUUCUCCUUGGCUAAGCCUUGGCAGGGACCUUUCUGGAAGAAAAGCUGGGGGCAGCCGGGACAGGAGAGGCGUGGGAUCUUCCCUGCGGGCCUGGCAUUUGCUGCCUGGCCCAGUCUCCUCUUGAUGGCCCCUGCCAUCCGCCCCUUCGCUUGUCCCUGGGCUUCUGGGACAAAGGAGGGGUGAGCUGUCAAACCUCACUCCCCAUGGGUGAUUGCUCUUUACCUGUAAGAUUGAACUUGAGUCUGUUGGAGCCUAAAGUCAGGUUUUUAAGGAGCUGGUCCUGGGUCCACGUGCUCUCAACACCCCCGCCCCCAGGGUCCCUCCUUGGCCAAUUGGCUUAUAGUAUCGCCACCCUCAACUGCUGCUUCCUGCAGCCACCCACUUCAGGCAGCCUUGUGUCAAAAGGGGUGGGGCGAGGGGAUGGAGGGGAACUGGGUUUCGGAGAGCAGAUAUGUGUGGUGUCAUUCCUGAUGGACCCUGGGGAAGACGCGGCCCCUGGGAAAGACACGGACCCUGGAGAAGCGGGCUAGUAGCACCAGUCACCAGUUCUGUGAAUUUGCAGGGCUGUGCCCAUGUUCCCAGGACCAAACCUGGGAGGCUCGGGCUCUGCUUAGCGUGGCUCCUGAGUCAGCUUUUUGCCCCACGCCCAAGCUUUAGGAGCUGAGCAAGGCUUGCCAGCAGGUUGUGCAAAAGGAAUUCAAGCGAGCAGCCAAUCUUUCCAGAUCCCCCAUCUCUGCCCUGGAGAUGCAGCUGCAGUGAGGGGCCCGGCCUCCGCAGACCCCUGCCACUGGCCCACAGCUCCUGGGGCCUCUGGUCUGUUGUACUAUAGUAUACUUCGCUGUGGAAAAUGUCACGUUUAGUCAGUCACCUUGGAGCCCACUCGCCUGGUCCCGUUGUUUCCCUGCCCUUCUCUUGAGCGCCCUUUGAUUUCUCUCGUUUCUGAGAACAGUACAUCCGUUCAUCUAUUGUAGAGUAACCCCCGUGACUCAAUAUUACCAUAGUGCGAUGUCGUUUUGUGCUAUUUUGAACAAUUAAAAGACUUUUUUUGAAAUAA